AUUUAUAAACGUGCCAUUAUAUUGCUCGUAAUAUCGAUUUAUAGCGGUUAUAAUGAACCAAGUCGAGCAUCUGUCUGACCGAGUCGCAGCUGUUCAUCUCGACAGAAGGAGAAUCAGGGAGCAGAAGAGGCAAGAGAGGAUCUUUAGUGAUAAAGUCCGCACUAUUGGAGUUGAUAUAGAUGCUCUUGACCAACAAAUUAAGGAGCGAAGAGCGAAAGAGCAGAGAGAAGCGAAUGAGCUGAAAGUCUACGCGGAUGACCUACUGUGCAGUGAUGGUAUAGCAUGUAUCCUGGAGCAGCGGCAAAAGAAAGAUGAGCGGCAGCUGAAUGAGGACAUUGUGCAAUUCAGACAACAUUUUCAACAAGCAAGCAGUCGGAGAGAGUUCGAUCUGAAUGAUCCAGAGCUGCUAAAGAAGCAAGAAGGGCAGAGGAUACUGCCGGGACUGGUAGGAGAAGAUCUGGGCCAGAAGAACAGGCUGAGGAAACAGCAAGAGCAGCUCUACUCAUGGACAACACAGCAACAAGAAGAACUGGAGAGAGCAAAACUACAGCGAAAACAAGAAGAGAAUCAAUAUGACCAAAUCAGAAUGUCUCUGGACAGCCGAGCUCUCGAACUGCAGAAAAUGGAGGAACAAACCAAACGAGACUUAGUCAUCGCCACCAAAGACUUCAACCUUGCGCUGGCUGCUGAAAUUACACAUCGACGCCUAAAAGAGCGUCACGAAGAAGAGGAGAACAACCAGACAGAGAUCUUCAACCAGAUGAACGGAGACCUGCUGAUGGAAAACCCUGAGCAGAAUGUGAGUGUUCUGGGUUUGUCUCGUCUGCGCAGAGACUGCUACAAGGGAAUGAGUCCUCAAGAGCUCCAAAUGUACACACAAUACCAGCUGCAGCAAGCAGAAGACAGAAAGCGAGCCAACAUGGAACAACGGCAGAAGGAUCUUCAGGAGCAUCAGGAACGCAUGAAUUCAGCCCGUGCUGCAUUGCUGCUGGAAAGACAACAAGCACGCAUAAAUAAGGAGCUGCGCAGGGCGAUGGACAAUGCCAACUCACAGCUGGCCCAGGUCCAUGAUGCUCGGAAGAAACAUCUUCAGGAUGUGUACACCAACAUUCCAGAUGAGCGCUAUUAUUCCCAAUUUAACACCAGCAGUAGAUAAAUGUUAGAGUAAGAACCUAAGAGAUUAAAAAUCCUUUACUUUCAACAGCUUAAAGUGUUUUGGCUUGGCAAGCUUUGGAAAGCUGAACCAUUUUUAUUUAAUCACACUAAAGAUGGCAAACAUUAUGUGGACUAUG